AUGUUGGACGAGCAUUGCAAACCAAUAUUUACAUACGAUGGGCAGGGUAAAUUGGUGAGAGAACGUGGAAUGUCAUGGGUCUUGACUGGAUUGUUUUUGUCAGGAGAAAUGGCUGGAGCUGGUGUUAUUGCGCUACCUAUUGCUGUUAGGUCACUUGGUACUGUCUUUUUUUAUUUUUUUUUGAUUUUUUAAAAUUUUUUUAAAUUUAAGAAAUUUUUUUUUAAAAUUAAAAAAAUUUUAAUUUUUUUAUUAAAUACUGCCAUUUUUUACUAAAUACUGCCAUUUUAAAACAAGAAUUUUGAAGGUUUCUACACUGGUCUACUAUUUAUGGCAUGUUCAGCCUUAAUGGCCACAUAUACCGCUACAAUACUUGGGAAAUCUUGGUUGAUACUGCAAAAACAUUGGCCUAUGUAUAGGUACCAUUGUAGAGAUCCGUAUGCGCAGAUUGGCUAUAGAGCAUAUGGUACUUUUGUCAAGUAGGCUUUUAACACGUUUUUAAUUAAAAAUUUUUUAUUUUUUUAAUUUUUAAAAAAUUUUAGAAGAUCAGUGGAAAUUAUAUUGAACAUUGGGUACUUUUGCUGCGCCGUGCUACUAUUGGUGAUUGUGAGUAAGAACGUGAACGAUGCUGUGAAGCAAUUCUUUAAAGUUAAUUUUGAUUUUUGCUUCUUGGCUGUUAUUGUCACUGGCGUUAUUACUCCGUUUUGUUACCUAAAAUCGCCGCAGGAGUUCUGGUAUGUCAUCGGGCAGGGUAGAGUAAAGUAAAAUAAGGUAAGAUAUGGUGGGUAUGGUAGAGUAUGGUAGGGUAGGGUAGGGUAGGGUAGGUUAGGGUAGGUAUUGCAAGGUAGGGAAGGUAUUGCAACUUAGGGUAGGGUAGAGUACACGCUACAGUAUUCUACUUUCAGGUGGGCGAUUAUAAUAGGUAUGUUAUGUACCCUAACAGCGGUAUUACUAUCAAUGGGCGGAGUAAUAUCAGAUAUGGAACUGUGUCAAGAUACAUUAACCGUACCUGACUUCAACGUCAUGAAUGCCUUUACUAGUAUGGGCAGUAUAUUAUUUGCCUAUGGCGGGCAUGCCUGUUUUCCUACUGUACAAAGCGACAUGACAAGACCGUACAAGUUUACGUACUCAAGUGUACUGGCUUACACUUGUAAGUAAAAUACAUAAAAUUUUUGGCAAGAACUUUCUUUACAGAGCAAAAAAUGGAAAGAACUUUCUUUACAAAAUAAAAAAUGGCAAGAACUUCCUUUACAAGACAAAAAAUGACAAAAACUUUCUUUACAAUACAAAAAAUGCAAGAACUUUCUUUACAAAACAGAAGAUAGCAAGAACUUUCUUUCCACGAAACAAAUUCUAACUUAUCAUUUUAGUAAUGUCAUUACUGUACUUUCCACUGAGUAUCGUGGCUAACAUGGCUUAUAAUAAUAAUUUAAACUCGUCGGUUAUUAAUAACCUUCAAAUCGACUGGAUUCAACAAACUGUCAACUUACUAAUCACGGCACAUUGUAUGUUUGCUGUGAUUAUUGUGAUCAACCCAGCUAUGCAAUCGGCCGAAAAUUUUUUAAAAGCGCCUCAGGGUACGUUUUGGAUUUUUUGACUUGUAAACAAAAUUCUUGCCAUUUUGUGUUUUGUAAACAAAGUUCUUGCCAUUUUGUGUUUUGUAAACAAAGUUCUUGCCAUUUUGUGUUUUGUAAAGAAAGUUCUUGCCAUUUCUUGUUCUACAAAAAAAGUUUUUGCAUUUUUUACCUGUAAAGAAAGUUCUUGCCAUUUUAUGUUUUGUAAAGAAAUUUCGUGCCAUUUUGAGUUUUGUAAAGAAAGUUCUUGCCAUUUUUUGCUCUGUAAAGAAAGUUAUCGCCACUUUUUGUUCUGUAAAGAAAGUUUUUGCUAUUUUUAGAAUUCGGCGUGUCAAGAGUAGUGAUACGAUCAGCAUUAAUGUUAAUAGCUCUAGUAAUAGCCGAAACAUUUCCUGAGUUCGGCCCAUUAAUGGGACUACUUGGUGCUACCGUAGUUAGUACCACCUCAUUUUUGUUCCCCGUACUAUUUUACAUCCCACUACGAGAAAUGGAUCAACAACUGUCAAGAAAACGAUUAAAUUGGAGUAUAAACAGUAAAAACAGACGGAUUAGUGUCAUUGAAGAUGAUACUAUUGGUACUAAAAGGUUAAACUUGACUCCGGUUAGUUCUUUUAAUAAUGGUCCUACUCGUGCUCAAAAAAUACAACCUGUGCCAUUUGGUGAUGCACUUAACAAAAUGCCAAGACGAGAGCUUGUUAUACUGUUUUUCAUAUUUUGUAAGUUAAAAUUUAUGUUAGGCUUAUGUUUUAGAGGCUUAAACUUAAACUAUGGCUUUAAAAAAUCAGUAGGCUUGUAGGCUUAGGCUUACAAGGAAAGUACCCAACCUGCCCCGCUAGAAAUCGGCCCAAAAUGUUAAUAUAACUUCUUUGUACCACCAAUAGUACCCAUAAAAAAUGUUAACUAGCGCUUUUGAAUUUUAAAUUCAAACAUUUGAGUUUCCCGCCAAUUUAGCAAAUUUGGCAUCGUGUUUCAAGCACUUUUUUCGACUUUCCAGACAAGUUACGCUUACAAAUUUUAAAAUAUAGUUUCAUUUAAAGGUAUUCUACCAGUAUCUCAAAGAAAAAUGAUUAAAAAUCAAAAAAUACGUUGAAACACAAUGCCAAUUUGGCGGGAAAUUCAAAACGUAAUUUUUUAAUAUGAUUGCUUUGUAAGGAAAGUUUUUGCAAUUUUUUGCUUUGUAAGGAAAGUUCUUGCCAUUUUAUGUUUUGUAAAGAAAGUUCUUGCAACUAUUUGCUUUGUAAGGAAAGUUUCUACCAUUUUAUCCUUUCUAAAGAAAGUUCUUGCCAUUUCAUGCUAUGUAAGGAAAGUUCUUGCCAUUUUUUGCUUUGUAAAGAAAGUUCUUGCAAUUCUUUGCUUUGUAAGGAAAGUUCUUGCCAUUUUUUCUUUUGCAAAAAAAAUUCUUGCCAUUUUUCCUUUGGAAAAAAAGUUUUUGCCGCUAGUUAAUGCCAUAAAGCCAAUUUUCAGUGACAUCCUUUGUGAUAAUGAUAGUAUCGACAAUAUCGGCAACCCACGAUUUGGCCACGGCUUCUUUUAAAAUGCCCUGUUAUCUACGUUGGCUACGUGAUUGGCCACAGACUUCUGGGCCGGUAACUCCAAUCUACUGUUGUGGUACUUACUCUAAUAUAAGCCGUGGUGGCUGUAUACGUAAAUAA